AGAACGCAGCUCUCCACUCUCUUGUUUUAUAUAUAUAUAUUUUUCCUAAUUUUCAAUCUCUUCUCUGUUUUUCGUUUCGAAAUCUUGGGUUCCCGUCAUUUUCUUCUCUGUACCGUCGCUUUCUUUGCAUAGCCAGUCAAGACUCUAGACUAUAGCCUCGUCUUCUUCAUAUAUGGAGGUUGAAACCCAUGCUUUGGCUUCUCCUUUCCUUCGUAAAAUGGACAUUUCUAGAGAUUUCCUAGCCCCUGAUUCGCCGGACUUGCCGCCGUCGGAGGAUUCUCUAAAAUCCGAUGGCCUUCAGUCUACGGAGUCCGGUGGUCGGGAAUGUGAGGAAUUUGAAGUGCCGGUGUUGACUGAUGAGGGUGGUGUGAUGGAUUCUACCGGGAAUUCGCCAGUGGUGGAAGUGUCAGGAGGCGCGUGCUCUGAUAAUGCGGCUGUGAAGCUGCAGAAGGUGUACCGGAGCUACCGCACCCGGCGCAGGUUAGCUGACUCUGCAGUCGUGGCGGAAGAGCUCUGGUGGCAAGCCAUAGACUAUGCGAGAUUGAACCACAGUACAAUUUCGUUCUUCGAUUUCCUUAAACCAGAAACUGCAGCUUCUAGGUGGAAUCGUGUUACUCUGAAUGCUUCCAAGGUGGGCAAGGGAUUAUCCAAAGAUGCCAAAGCGCAAAAAUUGGCUUUUCAGCAUUGGAUUGAAGCUAUUGAUCCAAGGCAUCGUUAUGGGCAUAGCUUGCAUAUAUACUACGAAGAGUGGUGUAAGACAAAUUCUGGUCAACCAUUUUUUUACUGGUUGGACAUAGGAGAUGGUAAAGAGCUUGAUCUCAAAGAAUGUCCAAGGUCUAAGCUUCGGCAACAAUGCAUUAAGUAUCUAGGACCUCAAGAGAGAGAACAUUACGAGUAUAUUGUUGUUGAAGGCAAAAUUACACACAAACAAACUGGAAAUCGCCUUGAUACGUCCAAUGGAUCAAAAGGAACUAAGUGGAUAUUUGUUAUGAGCACAACUAAGAGGCUGUAUGCUGGUGAGAAAAAGAAAGGAAUUUUCCAUCAUUCAAGCUUCUUGGCUGGGGGUGCUACAUUAGCUGCAGGAAGAUUAACAGUAGAGAAUGGAAUUCUUAAGUCCAUUUCUCCAUACAGUGGACACUACCGGCCAUCAGAAGAUAGGUUUGAUAGCUUUUUAUCCUUUCUCCAGGAUAAUGGCGUGAAGCUUGACGAGGUCCAGAUAAACAAGGUCAGUGAAGAUUCUUAUGUCUAUGAUGAUGGCAAAUUCAAUGCAAGUGGGACGAUAGGCGAAGUUUCAAGCAAGUUAGAGCCUCCUAAACCUGAAAUUGUCAGUGAAGAGAAGGAUUCUACUUCCGUAGGAUCAACAGUUGGACAAACUGAAACCAAAGGUGAAUACAAAAGGACUUUAUCUGGUGGUCUUCAAAGCCCAAGAGCCGAAGUACCAAAGACGGCUAUCUUGCACAGAAUUAAUUCUAAGAAGGCAGCAAAAUCUUAUCAACUGGGAAAUCAGCUUUCACUCAAGUGGUCAACAGGUGCAGGCCCACGAAUUGGGUGCGUUGCUGACUACCCAGUAGAAGUUAGACAACAAGCUUUGGAAUUUGUUAACCUAUCUCCAAGAAGUCCACCCACUCCGUCUUCCUACAGGCGGAUCGCGAGUCUCGUAUCUUCUACAGCUCAAUCCACAACAGAUGUCCCUAAUGGUGAUGGGACAUCUCACAACUAAAUUUCCUUGUAAUACUUUUUACCUAGUAGUUAAGUGAAUAUAAAUAGCUAGUAAGUUCUUUGCACUUAAGCCUUUCUGGAAUGAUAAUAACAUCGUCUUAAUCGCAUCCAAUUGCGUUUCAUUA